AAUUUUACUUGGAAAUAUCGUAAAACGUUCAUAAGUCAUGACUCAUAAAUAUGUCAACUAUAUGUAUUAUGAAUGAAACUAAGAUAGCGACCUCAAUAUCAGUUUAUCAACUCAUUCGAAGUAAGUCUAGUGUUUCGCCCGAUUUCAGCCAAUAUAUAAAGAUCAGAAUUUUCUCCUAGAUUUUACUUUCUAUGUCCUCUACAUAGUCAAAGGGAUUUAUUGUAUAAGUGGUGUGGUACUUGUGUAGUUUCGUAGAAGUUUAAAACAAAAAAGUGUGUAGUGUUUGAUUUUGUAAAUUUCAAUUAAAAUGAUCGAAGAACACAAUGAGCAUGAAACGAUAUACGAUUCUGUGAAUUCACUUGUGGAAGGUUGUCGUUUGCCAGUCAAAAUGCAUGGAACAGACGAUUGGCCCCUAGCUGAAAUUAUCAGUGUUAAGGAUAUACAUGGUAUCAGAUGUUAUUACGUGCAUUAUGUUGAUUUUAAUAAACGAUUAGAUGAAUGGGUAACUGAAGAUUGUUUGGAUACUAGAAAAGUUCAAUAUCCUCAACGAGAUGGCACAGCUCCUGGAACAGGAGCAGGUACUCCAAAAAAGCAAGUGCAAAGCAGACCUUCUAGUCCUAGUAGUGUUAGUAACAAACCGUUGAAUGGUACUGCUGUAUUACAAGCAGCAUUACAAAAGAAAAUGUCAAAGAAGAGAAAGUCAACGUUUUUAGAGAACGAGGAUUCUCAAGAUGGCCCACCUCAAACUACAGGUCCAAGACCUACUGGUUCAUUGGUUUCUCAUCAACACGAUGAUGUUGUCACACGGAUGAAAAAUGUAGAACUUAUAGAAUUAGGUCGUCAUAGGAUAAAGCCAUGGUAUUUCAGUCCAUAUCCACAAGAGAUGGUGAAUCUUCCGUGUAUAUAUAUAUGUGAAUUCUGCUUGAAGUAUAGGAAAAGUAGAAAGUGUUUGGAGAGGCAUCUGGCAAAGUGUAAUUUACGUCAUCCACCGGGAAAUGAGAUAUAUCGAAAAGGGUCUAUUUCGUUUUUUGAAAUCGAUGGUAGGAAGAACAAAAAUUAUGCACAAAAUUUAUGUUUAUUAGCAAAAUUAUUUCUCGAUCAUAAGACAUUGUAUUACGACACUGACCCUUUUCUAUUCUACGUUAUGACUGACUUUGAUAGCAGAGGUUUUCAUAUUGUUGGAUAUUUUUCUAAAGAGAAGGAAUCACCGGAGGAUCAUAACGUAGCAUGUAUUCUCACACUGCCACCGUACCAAAGAAAAGGAUAUGGAAAAUUAUUAAUAGAAUUUUCCUACGAACUCUCAAAAUUCGAGGGUAAAACUGGAUCUCCAGAAAAGCCAUUAUCCGAUUUGGGCUUGUUAUCGUAUCGAAGUUAUUGGACCCAUACGAUACUCGAUAUAUUAUUGAACAUUAAACCGGUAGUCGAAAAUGAAAAGCCACAAAUAACUAUAAGUGAAAUCUGUGAUUUAACGUCUAUCAAAAAGGAAGAUGUGAUAUCGACGUUACAAAACUUGAAUCUAAUUAACUACUACAAAGGACAAUAUAUCAUAACGUUAAAUAGGGAAAUAAUUGAGCAACACUCGGCGGCAAUGAAAAAACGCCAAGUUAGGAUAGAUCCAAAGUGUCUAUAUUGGACUGAAGGAUUGGAGUGUUAAGGCUAAAUAAUAAAGUGAUAUUAAAAAGUGGCUAAAAGCCAAUGUUAAUUUGUUAUGAAAUUAUUUUCAGGAAUUCUGGAAGUGUUAUGAUAUCAAACUAUAUAAAAAUUGUACAUAGUAACGUGAUAUUAUGGACUGGCAUUAAAAAGAAAAAGAAAAAGAAAAAAAAAGAAAGAAGAAGGAAAAGAAAAAGAAAAAAAGAAAGAAAAACUGUUCAUAAUCCGUGAGGUGAAUCAUAAUGGUUUAACAAUUCAUUGAAUCAAGCAAAUUGCACUAGUGGGUAUUAAACAUAAAUAAUUGUGAUAAGUGAGUUUUGUAUGAAACAAUAUUCAUGGCUGUAUUAACAGUUUUAGUCGAUAAUGAUCUUUUCAUACGACGGGUAUAAUUUAAAAUUAAAAACAAAUGAGAAAAAAAAAAAAGAAGAAAAAGAAAAAAAAGAAAGGAAAAAAAAAAGCCAUCCGAGUCUUUGCGGUUAUUUGUUUGUACAAAGACUCUCGGAUGAUAAUAUUUGAAUUUUGUUGAAUUGUAAAUAAAAAAAAAGAAAAAAAAAGAAAAAGACCAAAAAAAAAAGAAGAAAGAAAAGAAAGAAACGUUUCGUUAAACUUUCACUUUUUUUUUUUUUUUAAAAAGCAAUAACAUUCAAAUAAAUCGAACGACGAUAAAAACUGAUUUGAGAAGAAAGAAGAGGAAGAAAAAAGAAAAAAGAAAAAGAAAAAGGAAAAAAAAAAUAUAUCCGAAACGAAUUCUCUCGUAAAACUUGUUUCAACUUAAUCAAUGAGACACUACCUCUUAUAUGUCUGUGUAUAUAUAUAUAUUUUUUUUCUUUUUUUUUCCUUUUCUUUUUUUUUUUUUCUUUUUUUCUUUUUUAUAUAUAUUCAACAGUAACAUCACAGUAGCUUCAUAUACAUUACGUUCUUAUUAUGAUUUCAUUUGCGCGUACAAUUUUUACCACGCAAGCGUGAUACGGCGAGUUCAAAGAGUUGCUUCAAUUAUUUUCUUUUCUUUUUUUUUCCCUUCUUUCCUUUUCUUCCUUCCCCCCCCCCCACCCCCCAUCUCCUCUACCUUUUUCUCUUUGCUUUUUAAAUUACAACAUAUCAGUGGAAUAUAAAUGAGAGGAUUGUUUAAAUAAUUGCAUAUUCAUUGCGUCGUGCGAUUAGGUCAAUCGAUAACACAACGGUUUCCUUUUUCUUUUUUUUUAUUUUAUUUCUUUUUCUUUUCUUUUCUUUUUUUUUUCUUUUUUUUUCUUUUUUAAACGAAUACUGAUCAUCGUCUCUCUCUCUCUCUCUCUCUCUCUCUCUCUCUCUCACGUUCUCAUUCUCAUUCUUAUUUUCUCUUAUUAAGAUAAAUGCAUAAAAUUCACUUGCAUCGUAUCAUUGAUGCACUAGUACGUCGAAUAUCAAAUUGCGUUUCUCCAUUUGGAAAUUAUUUAUAAAAGAAAAAAAAAAAAAAAAGGAAAAGAAAAAAAUAAAAAAGAAAGAGAGAAAUUAAAACAAAAAAAAUUAGAAAACAAGAAGAAAAAAAGAAGAAAUAAAAAUUGUUCUCCCUCUACGUUCUAUUAAUUUUCAAUAUGAAGAAAAUCUCAAGCAUUUUGUAAGACGUAUAAUAAAAAGAUCAGGUUAAUAUAAUGAGAAGACAGUUUCUCAUGGAUUCGUUAUAGAAACAGUUUAAUGAGAGCACAUCACGAUAAAUGCGAUGGGAUAACGUGAGAAUUGGAUGAUCUAUAUAUCCAAUGAAUGAUCAUCUCGAAAUAAUUACAUGAGUUUACGAUUCGUUAAGGAGAAAGAUCCUUUGCGAAAAAUCUGUAUAGAUUUAUUUAUAUCGUUUAGUUUCGAAUGAUAGACGCAAACUUAGAAUAUCGUAUUAAUCAUGACACAUUUUUAUUUUAAACGAAUGAUCGAUCGAUCGAUUGAUUGAUCGAUUCUUAUCGAGGAUACCGAUGUUUAACAAGAUUUUAUUAAAGAUCGCGAUAAAUUUAUUCAUUUAAUUAUUAAUUGAAUUGAAAUGAUCUAUCAUUGAAAUUCUUAUCGUCCUGAAAUUAAUGUUUGUUAUUAUUAUUAUUAUUAUUAUUAUUAUUAUUAUUAUUAUUAUUAUUAGUAUUAUUGUUAUUACUAUUAUUGAAAAAUUAAAUUAAAACGAUCAAGUGAAAGAAGGAAUCUACGAAAUUGUUCCGUCAAUGAUUUGUACUUAGAAAAUAAUUAGUCAAUUAAUUAGCUAGAGUUUCAAUCAUUGAAGAAUGAAUCUUUACGUAGAUAUAUAUAUAUAUAUAUAUAUAUAUAUAUAUAUAUAUAUAUAUAUAUAUAUAUAUAUAUAUACUAAUCCGUAGACAUAUAAAAUAAUUAAUUCGUUUUAUUCGUAGACACAAAAUCUACGAAUCGUUGACAAAUUAUUACCGUAGAUACAUUUUCAUCUAACUCUUAUCGUAUUAAUUAAUAUUUUUUUAAUGACAAGAAUUUAAGAAAACAAAUAUUAAUUUCACGACGGCGACGACGACGACGACGAGAAUAUCAAUUAUUGAUCAUAAUUGAUUCGAUUAAUGAUUAAUCAAUUAAUUUAAUCGUGAAUUGAAUAAAAUAUUGUGAAACAUUGUAUAAUACUAUCUAAAAUUCAUUUUUAAUACCGAGCACGCCUUUCGGAGUUGUCGAAAUUGACGUAUAUACGUACAUGAUCGAUCGAUCGAUUCUCGUUUGCACGAGAUACAUAUGAAAAAAUGAAAGAAAGACUGAUUGAUUGAUUGAUUGAUUGAUUGAUUCAUUCAUUCAUUCAUUCAUUGAUUGAUUGAUCGAUCACGUAACGUACGAGUAUACAUUUUGUGGCUAGUUUAACAACAAUGGCAACAACAACAACAACAACAAUGACGAUGAAAAAUUCAAUGGCAGCGGCAAUCGUUUUGAUAAGGACAGAGAUUAGUUUAGUUUAGUUUAGUUUAGUUUAGUUUAGUUCAGUUUAGUUUAGUUUAGUUUAGUUUAGUUUAGUUCAGUUUAGUUUAGUUUAAUUUAGUUUAGUUUAGUUUAGUUCAGUUUAGUUUAGUUUAGUUUAGUUUAGUUAGUUAAUUAGUUAGCUAAUUAUAACGAUGAUUAACGUGAACGAUAAUAAUCGACAACAUAUACACGGCGUAUCGCAAAUAUUAGAAAAACAAAAAAAAAAAAAAAAAAAAAAAGAAAAGAAAAGAAAAAAGAAAAAAGAUUUA